UGCAAAAAACAAUGUUCAUGCCAACUAGAACCAGCACUAGUUUAUGAAGAUCAUGAGCUUGCUCUCUCUCGCUCUCUCUCUCUCUUUGUAUGUGUGUGUGUGUGUGUGUGUAUUACAGGGGUGUUGUCUAUACACAGCCACCAACUGCCACAACAUCUGUGAUUCUCCUCCCCCUGUCCAAUGGCCAGCCCCUCUGCAUGCCUGGACCGGCUCUUCCUCCUGAUUUAGAUUAGCAGGGACAGGAUCACAGCUGAAGUAUGCUCAAGCACUAAAGCCCUUUGUCUCACUCAGCCACCCAGAUUGAGCGGUGGGACCCAGACAUGGACCCGCUAAUGGAGGUCCCCUUUAUGGAGGAUGAGGGACUCACCAUGAAGAGGACAGAACCUCUCCAAGACUCAGACGUGUACGCCAAGUUUUUCUUGAGUCACUGCUGCUAUGAUGCCAUUCCUACAAGUUCCAAACUGGUGAUCUUUGACACAACACUGCAGGUAAAGAAAGCAUUCUUUGCACUGGUUGCAAAUGGUGUGAGAGCAGCACCUUUAUGGGACAACAAGUUGCAGCGUUUUGUAGGGAUGCUCACCAUUACAGACUUUAUCAACAUUCUCCAUCGUUACUACAGAUCUCCUAUGGUACAAAUCUAUGAACUGGAGGAACACAAGAUUGAAACGUGGAGAGAGGUCUAUCUACAGUAUUCUCUCAACUCGCUGAUCAGCAUCACACCUGACUCCAGCCUCUUUGAAGCCAUCUAUUCUUUACUGAAGAACAAGAUUCACCGGCUGCCCGUCAUAGAUCCAGAAUCAGGGAACGUCCUCCACAUACUGACCCAUAAACGCAUCCUCAAGUUCCUACACAUCUUUGGCUCUAUGAUCCCAAAGCCACGAUUCUUACAAAAGCGAAUUGAGGAAGUGGAUAUUGGAACUUUCAAGAGCAUUGCGACUGUCAGGGAGACAGAAACAGUUUAUGAUGCUUUAUCGAUAUUUGUAGAACGACGGGUGUCAGCCCUGCCUGUAGUCAAUGAGAAAGGGAAAGUGGUGGCACUCUACUCCAGGUUUGAUGUCAUUAACUUGGCUGCACAGAAAAACUACAACAACCUGAACAUGACGAUGCAGGAGGCCAUUCAGGGCCGUUCGGGCUGUAUUGAGGGGGUUCUGAAGUGUUACCCUUAUGAAACACUCGAAACCAUCAUUGAUCGCAUCGCUGAGGCAGAGGUUCACCGUCUUGUGCUUGUGGACAAAGAGGAUGUGGUGAGGGGAAUCGUCUCGCUCUCUGAUUUGCUGCAGGCUCUAGUCUUGACUCCUGCAGGUGUGGAUGCACUUUUCUCCUAAUACCAGUGGAGGGCUCCCCUCUCCAUAACGUCUUAAUUUAAAUCCCUCCCCAUACCAGAAAUUAUUCGCAAACCACGAGACUUGAAGAUGUGAAGGUUUGAAGAUUAAAACUGUAAAUAUUUUUAAUCACACUUUGGAAUUUUAUGUACCACUUAAAACAUGUUUAAUCUUAUUUUGCAAUUUUACAUGUAUAUUAUAAUAAUUUAUCAAACAAUUAUCACAUAAUUAUUUAAUUGUGUUAUUCCUAAGUCAGAAUACACUACAGCCAUUUUGUUACGUAUUUAACAAUGCCAAUCCUUUUUUGCAAAACAUCUGUAAAUUUGUUAUAAAACCUAUUGAUUCCUGAUCCUCACAUUGUAAAUAAACUGAUAAUGCUGUCAUUUUCUUCAUAUAACUCGCUUUACUGUUUCAAAUAUUGUUUGGGCUCUUUUCUUACCACACAAAUGGCAGUUUUCUGCAGUUUUCUUGUUGUAGUGUAUGUUCCAGUUGAAACCAGGUCUACCGAGGAAAAGCUACUAUUCCCUAGCAAAAUUAGAAAUAUUGGACUAUUAUUAAUUUUCAGUUCUCUUUGAAUACAUUUAAAUUUAAAUCAUUAAUUUUUUUCCCUUGGUUUUUAUGUUUUUACUUGUUAAAUUUAUCUUCACUUC